CCAGCCAGUGUGAUUCACAGUACUGACCGUCACGCUACCUUACCUGCACCUAAAAAGAGCUAAAUUAGUAACUAACUUGGUGGAGGCCAACCUUCACAAGGAACAGGGUCAACCAACUACUAACCUUGCAGUGUGCCCCCAAACCCAUACUCCCAGACCACCUCCUCACAGGACACCGUAAGAGUGUGGCGCAGUUGGGCAAACAAUGUUGAAAAGAAAUGUCAACCAAGUCAGUCCCACAACCUUCAGGGCAAAAUUCAUUUAUCCAUUGAGCUUUGCCGCUCAGCAAUUUUUUGACAACCUCAGAUACCUCAGCCAAGACGAUGGUCAAGUCUGCUUUUGUGUCCUCAGAAGGUAUGUCAGUGGGAUUGAGAAGGGCCUCGACAUGUUCCUUCAACUGCCCAACUAGUAUAUCCUCGGUUGAGGUUCAACAUCGUGCUUCACCAAAGUCCUCCAGCAGCUGAAGUUUUGCCUCGACUCCCACCAAGGCCGAGUGUGGCUUAGCCUGUCGGUCCCUGUCAGCUGCUUCAGGAGUCUCCAAGUUGGCAUGGGCCAGUAUAAAUAUCACCAUCACUGUAUUGCAAUUACAGCUGUAAAAUGUCUUAUGUUGAAAUAGCUUAACUGAAAACAGAAACAUAGUCAAGUCAUUUUAAAACCAUAUCGCAUGAUGAAAAUGGAAUAUUAGCAUUUCCAAUAAAUAUAUUGAAAUAAUUUCUUUCUCAAGAAAUACGUACAUACAAUUGAUUUGCCAAUGCAGUCUACUGUGGCCAAUUCUGCAACUCUUUGUUUUUGUAAAACCUCCCACUGCCAGUUUGAAACAGGUGAUGCCAGAUCGUCCCCAUUGUCUACGUGACGCUGGAAAUCAGUCUCACAAACCUUUAGAGAAUGAUCAACCGAGUCACUGCAAAAAUGAUGUGUCACGUUACAUUGUAUGGAGGGAUGCCAUCAGCAUUCCAGGACUAUCAAGCAAGCAUAUAAAAGGACGGCUCUUUGUUGUCCUCAGCAUCAAGCAUCACCGCUGCAGAGAUGGCAUUUGCUCUUCGUGUGCUCUUCCUCCUUUGUGGGAUCAGUGGAGUAGCGACUGUCGCUUGGUCUGACUCUUACUACGAUGCCGGUUGCUGUCCCAAGGGCUGGGCUCAGUUGGAUAAUUACUGUUUCAUAUUCAAACGCGAGGCCACGACUUUUGAAAAAGCAGAGCAUGACUGCCAAAAACAUGGCGGGAAUUUGGUCUCCAUUCACAGUUCCCUGGAAAGUCUUUUUGUUCUUGGACUGCUGGAACAGGUGCCUGCAGAGUUUGCCUGGAUUGGACUCCAUGAUCCUGCUGAGGAUGGAGACUUUCGGUGGACUGAUAACACCAACUUUGAUUUUGAUAAGUUUUCCUACGGACAGCCUAGUGAUCAUGGUUCCUGUGUGGUGAUUUAUGUGGCAGGUGAAUGGUUUGUUAAGCCCUGCACCUUGGAGAAGCCGUAUGUUUGCAUCAAAGAUACGAGCUGCUGUGCCAACCGCGAAACAGCCUAGCACGACUGACCGACCUCUCACGAUUCCUGUAUCAACGUCAUUCUCUAAUCACGGUGAUCAAACUUCAGUGGUGUCUUUGUAUCUCUGGGUUUACUAUCAAGUUUUCUUGGCUUGGACAUUGCCAAUCGUCAAUCAAACACGAUUGAAAGCUCUCUACU